CGUACUCAGUUCUCACGGCACGACGACUCCGGAACCAAAACCAGCCCGUCAAUCUAUUUCUGAAAAUAAAACUCUCCGACAGAUCUAAGUACCACGCUCGUUAAGCUUUUCUAGCCUCAACUAUCUCCCUGCACGACAUGUCUUUGAAAGUUGAUUCGAAGAAGGAAGAGGUCAUCCCACUCUCCGAGGGACAUUAUGGAGGAAGUAGGGGACGAGUUGAUGAGCUUCCUCCGCCCGUUGCCACUCGGACUUCCCAACAGUCCAAGCCAAGCUUGUCAGCAGUGGUGGUCAUCCCAAUAUGGAUGAUUUGCAGCUCCUCCGUGAUUCUGUAUAAUAAUUACCUCUACAACAACCUCAACUUCAAGUUCCCUGUUUUCCUCGUUACAUGGCAUCUCGUCUUUGCUACUAUCGGAACACGUGUAUUACAACGUACGACAAACUUGCUCGAUGGCGUUAAGGAUGUAAAUAUCACCCAGGAUGUCUUCAUACGCUCCAUCCUCCCUAUCGGUUUAUUCUUCAGUGGGAGUCUAAUCUUCGGGAACCAAGCAUACCUCUAUCUUUCCGUCCCCUUCAUCCAAAUGCUUAAGGCAUUUCACCCUGUGGCGAUUCUAUUGAUAUCUUUCGCCGCCCGUAUUCAAGAACCCAACCGCCGUCUUGCUUUGAUCGUUCUCCUCAUCUCAUCCGGCGUCUGCAUGGCCUCUUUUGGGGAACUCGCUUUUAACAUGACUGGCUUUAUCAUCCAAACAGGAGCUGUCAUCUUUGAGUCGUCCAGGCUGGUCAUGAUUCAGGUUCUGCUCCAAGGAAUGAAGAUGGAUCCGUUGGUCUCUCUGCAUUAUUACGCUCCAGUCUGCGCAGCAAUAAACCUUUUAAUCCUCCCCUUGACCGAAGGCUUCGAGCCCUUCCGCCAAGCAAUGAAUAUGAGCUUCUGGAUCCUCUUCUCCAACGCUGCAGUAGCUUUCCUUCUGAACGUCGCAGCUGUAUUUUUGAUCGGUGUUGGAUCCGGGCUCAUUUUGACGCUGGCGGGUGUGUUAAAAGAUAUUCUACUCAUUACGGGCGCAGUUCUUCUAUUCGCGAAGCCCGUUUCAUUACUGCAGGUGGUUGGGUAUGGAAUUGCCCUUGUUGGUCUCGUUGUGUUCAAAACGAUGGGUGGGAAGUGAUUUCUCAUCCCUUUCUGUCGCUUUCCUUCAAUUUAGACUUCACAUAUACCAUAAUAGAGGAUGAAGCCUCCAUGACACCUUUUUUUCCCUCAGUUGUCCCAGCGCACUCCCAACUUUCUCACUUCCUCUCUCUUAUUUCAUUUGUCGCAUUGAGUGUGGUAACAUAUAAAGCUACUUUCCCCUUGGGCCAAACAGUAUCCUAUAAAUGCGUUGAUGGCGUCCGUAAAUGGAAUUGUCGCAGUC